AACAGAAAGAUGUUUUAUUAUUCCCAUUUUAAGAUAAUAAAACUGAUUACAUUUUUUAAAAGGUUAAGUAACUUGCCCGAAGUCACAUAACUGGAUGGUUACAGGGUAAGUGAUAGACCAGCCUAGUUUACCCUCAAACCUUAGCCCAUCUAUUUACCUUUGUUACAAUAUCCAAACUACUUAACCUAAGAUUCAACACAUUCCAUAGUAUCAUUUCAUAGUACCAAAUACCCUCAACCUAUCUUACCUCUUACUAUUUUCUAUCUAAAACUGCCUGCUUCUCUCAAACUAACUGGUCCACUCCCUGUCUCUUGAAGCUUAUGUUCCUUCUGGAUUUUGCUCAGAUGAACUCCCUAUAGAAAUCUUUUUUUUUUCCUUUCCAACUUUUAUUUUAGGUUCAAGGGAUACGUGUGGAGGUUUGUUAUGUGGGUAAAUUGUUAGUCUUGGGGGUUUGGUGUAUAGAUAAUUUUGUCACCCAAGUCAUCAGCAUAAUACCUGAUAGGUAGUUUUUCAGUCCUCACCCUCCUCCCACCCUCCAUCCUUAAAAAAGACCUGAUGUCUAAUGUUCCUUUCUUUUGUGUCCAUGUGUACUCAAUGUGUAGCUCCCACUUGUAAGUGAGAACUUGUGGUAUUUGGUUUUCUGUUCCAGCCUUAAUUUGCUUAGGAUACUAACUAGUCUUUGGCUGUGAGGUUCAGUGCAACUUCCAAUUCUUUCCUAAAUCUUUCCUGAAUACUUGAGGAUACAGUGAGGAAUUCCUCUUAACUUCUUCAGCAUUUUCCAUAUGGUUUUGGAGGCUUUUGGUCACGUAAUGCCUCAUAUUAACUAUGUCCCACCCCAUGUAUCUUGCUUGGCACACAAAGGCUCAAUAAAUGGAAGCUGUUAUAAUUUUCUUCCAUUCCCAUCUGAGUGAGGGCACUAAAAGCAGUAACUUAGGGGUAUAUGAUCUCUCUCUCUGUAAAACGUUCAUCUAACCAACACCUUUAAAAAGCUAACAUUCUACUUUUGGGAGGCCGAGGCCAGCGGAUCACUAGGUCACGAGUUUGAGACCAUCCUGACCAACAUGGUGAAACCCUGUCUCUACUGAAAAUACAAACAUUAGCCAGACGUGGUGGUGCCUGCCUGUAGUACCAGCUACUCGGGAGGCUGAGGCAGGAGACAGGAGAAUCGCUUGAACCCGGGAGGUGGAGGUUGCAGUGAACCAAGAUGGUGCCAUUGCAUUCCAGCUUGGGCAAGACUCCGUCUCAAAAAUAAUAAUAAUAAGCAAAGCUAACAUUCUAGGCAGGCGUGGUGGCUCACGUCUGUAACCCAGCACUUUGGGAGGCCGAGGCAGAUGGAUCACCUGAGGUCAGGAGUUUGAGACCAGCCUGACCAACAUGGUGAAACCCCAUCUCUACUAAAAUACAAAAAGUAGCUGGGUGUGGUGAUGGGCGCCUGUAAUCUCAGCUACUCAGGAGGCUGAGGCAGGAGAACAGCUUGAACCCAGGAGGCGGAGGUUGCUGAGCCGAGAUUGUGCCACUGCACUCCAGCCUGGGCAACAAGAGUUAAACUCCAUCUCAAGAAAAAAAAAAAAGCUAACAUUCUAGUUCAAAGAAAGCAACAUAUAGAUGAUGUAAAUUACACAUAAAAAACCAUUCACUGAGGUUAAAUGAAAAUGUCUGCUGGAGUGUGCCAAGGGGACCUGAAAAGGCCUCCUCUGAGAGGGCGUCGUGGGAGGGCUUCAAGGAUGGCGGGAGGAUGGCAGGGAGGCAGGCAUGUCGAGCCUCGUCUGGUUCCUAAUGUCUGAAGCUGUUUUGGUUCCCUGUUGUCUUUCACACCGCCGCCUCGGGCUCGCUUUUGCGCAGGGCCACGUGGCAAAGUUUUAGUUUAACCGCACGUCGGGCCUACUGUAAACGGUUAAUAACCGCCUUCGUGGACCAGGCCUCUGCCCUCCAUCUUUGUGAGGGCGGGAGGUGGGGCGGGGACGCCAGGUGUAGCGACAAGCGGAGAGGCGGCGGGUAGAUCCGGGCCCCCAACCCCAACAGUCAAGUUUUCAAAAAGCCCGCGCGUGGCGCCCCAGGCUGCAUCCGUUGGGAAUGGCCCCCAUCGCGCCCCCUGCUCGCUCCCCCGCAAAGCCCUGGGCGGGAGAAGGCGCGGGGGUGGCAGGCAGGCUCUUCAUACUGGGGGCGCCGGGGCAAGCGCGCACCGGGGAGCGCGCCCGUCCAACAGCUGCCGAAAACGGAAGUGGGUGCGAGAGGAUCACGGUGAUUGGCUGAACUCAUAUGUCUCUCAAGGGGCUGGCGCGAACGCCACUGCGGAGUUGGGCGAGGGGAUGAGUAAAAGGGAGGGGGAGAAACACUGGGAACAGCCGCGGUGCUAGCAGGAAAUGAAUCGCGGCGGUACGCGGAGGGCAGGGAGGGACCCAUGUCAAGGGACUGUGGGGCGCUCGGGAAUGAAAGCGGGCUGGCAGAAGCGGAGGCGAGAGCGGCACAGGCCGCGGGCUUGAAUAGACCGCGGAGGGCGGGGAGUCCGUGAUCUAGAGCGGCGCUGCGGCGCGGUAGGCGGGAUUAACGGGAGCGAUGCGGGGAUUGGCUGGCAGCGCUAGGCUGCCGUACGUCGGCGGUGACGCACGCCUCGGGGAGGGUGCGCGCGCGUUCAGCGGCCUCUUUGUGUGGUGCCCAGAUAGGGGAGCGGAGGUGGCGGCGGCGGUAGCGGUGGCAUUGGUUGUCUUCCAGUCUCCUCGGCUCGCCCUUUAGCCGGCACCGCUCCCCUUCCCUCCCCCUUCCUCUCUUCCUUCCUUCCCUCCCCUUCCCUUUUUCCCUUCCCCGUCGGUGACCGGCGGGGGUGGCUCCAGCAACGGCUGGGCCCAAGCUGUGUAGAGGCCUUAACCAACGAUAACGGCGGCGACGGCGAAACCUCGGAGCUCGCAGGGCGGGGGCAAGGCCCGGGCCUUGGAGAUGGAGAAUUCUCAGUUGUGUAAGCUGUUCAUCGGCGGCCUCAAUGUGCAGACGAGUGAGUCGGGCCUGCGCGGCCACUUUGAGGCCUUUGGGACUCUGACGGACUGCGUGGUGGUGGUGAAUCCCCAGACCAAGCGCUCCCGUUGCUUUGGCUUCGUGACCUACUCCAAUGUGGAGGAGGCCGACGCCGCCAUGGCCGCCUCGCCCCAUGCCGUGGACGGCAACACUGUGGAGCUGAAGCGGGCGGUGUCCCGGGAGGAUUCAGCGCGGCCCGGUGCCCAUGCCAAGGUUAAGAAGCUCUUUGUCGGAGGCCUUAAAGGAGACGUGGCUGAGGGCGACCUGAUCGAGCACUUCUCGCAGUUUGGCACCGUGGAAAAGGCCGAGAUUAUUGCCGACAAGCAGUCCGGGAAGAAGCGUGGAUUCGGCUUCGUGUAUUUCCAGAAUCACGACGCGGCAGACAAGGCCGCGGUGGUCAAGUUCCAUCCGAUUCAGGGCCAUCGCGUGGAGGUGAAGAAGGCAGUCCCCAAGGAGGAUAUCUACUCCGGUGGGGGUGGAGGCGGAUCCCGAUCCUCCCGGGGCGGCCGAGGCGGUCGGGGGCGCGGCGGUGGUCGAGACCAGAACGGCCUUUCCAAGGGCGGCGGCGGCGGUUACAACAGCUACGGUGGUUACGGCGGCGGCGGUGGCGGCGGCUACAAUGCCUACGGAGGCGGUGGCUGCGGUUCGUCCUACGGUGGGAGCGACUACGGUAACGGCUUCGGCGGCUUCGGCAGCUACAGCCAGCAUCAGUCCUCCUAUGGGCCCAUGAAGAGCGGCGGCGGCGGCGGCGGCGGCGGAGGCAGCAGCUGGGGCGGUCGCAGUAAUAGUGGACCUUACAGAGGUGGCUAUGGCGGUGGGGGUGGCUAUGGAGGCAGCUCCUUCUAAAAGAAAAUUUAAAAUGCCUGGGAGUGGCUAUAGGGGUAGCUCUUUUCAACAGCCCAAGUGGGGUCAACUCCUAAGCCCCACCCCCUCACACACCGCCUUCCCUGUUUUGCCCUUGGGGGAGCCACUUCUAAGGCUGCCUACCCUUGGGGGUGUUCCUCUAUUUGCCUGCCACCUCUCUUGUCUCUCCCUCUGAAGAUGGACUCGGCCUCACAUACACAUUUUUGUGUUACAGUCAUUGAUGGACUCUAUUUUUUUAUUAUUACUUGGACCUUGGUCGUUUUUAUACUAGCAAAAUGUCUUGUUUUAAUUUGUGUUUUUUGGGGGGAGGGAGGGAGUGAACUUGCUGAUUCUGUAGCAAAACCUGGGUGGGGGUUGGGGUGGGGGGUAGUUUACUUUGUUGUAAGGACUUAAUAACCUGGCUACAGCGUUUUCUAUGAAAUCUACUUGGAUCCCAUGCCUGAAAUUUGGAAGCAUAUGUACAAAAAUCAUUUUUACGUUUUAUUUUUAAUAAAUCAUUGUGUUUGACCGUAUAUGUCUAACAUUUUUUUUCUAGGAUCCAUUCCGUACCGUUUUUAAGGGAUAUUUGUUUAAGACUUUACAUGUUAAUUCUUUAUUCUUGAUGUGUACUUAGAGAAACUUAAGAGGUCCUGUGGUUUUUUUCCCCUAUCCUGUUGCCCUGCUAGUUGCGUGUUGAAUUAUAUCCCUUACAGGCAAAACUUUUGAAGUGGUGGAUGUGGCUUUUUAAACUCUUAAGUUUCUGUGCAUCCAUCUCUUGUACUAAGCGAAUUGCUUAUCAUCUUGACAUGGUUGGUCAUUUCUAUGACAAUUUACUUCAAACUGUGUACUGUGUAGUUCUAUAUAGUUUGUGUUAAGCAUGUCAUUCAUAUAAACUGUUUAAAAUUUUUCAGAUGGCCUAGUUUCAUCCCUCUUACUGGUUUGUCUGUAAUGAAUGGUUAAAAAUAAGGGUUAUAUUUUACCCUCAAAUGCGUUUUUGUACUUUCAGAGCAGGUUUAAACGGUUUUUUUUUUCCUAUAUCUGAACUGUUGUCCUCAUGGAAAUCCUUUUCUCGAUAUUUGUCACCAUCUACUGGCAGAAUGGCAGAGUAGCUGCGAAACAAUUUGUUUAAAAACUUGCUUAGGACAAUUGCAUCAGAUUUAGAAGUUUUGCCAUCAAAAUUCUUUGCAGAAUUGGAAGUUACACAUUCGCUUGUAACUGAGAUGGGCUUCACAGGAAUAGUUGCCAGUUCAUAUCACAAUUGCCCUUUCUAUAUGAGGUUUGAAAAUGUAAAAUGUUAUGCAUAGCUUGGGCAAUAGCCCUAAAUUGCUAUGACAACUAAUGAACCAGCUACGUAUACUGGUAUUUUAGGUGCAAGUUGUAAAGCAAAAUAUCUGUGUAUUCUGCUUGGUUAACAAAUGUAUAUUUGUAGCCCUUUCCUGCAAUAGCAUUCAAGUUGUUGUUUAUAAGAGAAGAACAAAACUAAUAAUAGGAGAAAAUUGCCUUUCUGGAUAGAAAUAGAGAAUAGCAACGUUUAUGGAUAUCACAAAUAAAGAAUUCAAUUCUUUA